GAUCGACCUCCGAUUGUUCAGUUAGUGUUAAUCCCGCCAAAGGGAUUGAUCGAAUUGAAAAGUUUGCUUUAGUAGUGUCUAGCCCACCACCGGCCACGGCAAGGCAGCAGGAUGGUGGCCCGAACCGUACUGAUCACCGUGCUUUGCCUAUUGGCCAGCCCUACCACAUUCGCCACACGGCCUGCCUGGAAGUGGCUCAGUGAACCUUCCGAUUUUACGCUUUCCUUCGAGCCAGAGCCGAGUGACCUGUCGGGUUCGCUACCGGUUCCCAGCCGUCGUCAGGCGGUCGAUGAAUCCUACCGUCUUCCAAACAAUACCUCACCCAUCCACUAUCAUCUCGCGCUUCGGACGGCAAUCCACGAAAACAGUCGCCAGUUCAGUGGCACGGUUAAGAUUUUGUUCGAAGUGCUCGAACCAACGACAGUGGUGACGCUACACAACCGCCGCCUUACGGUACAGCGAGCGUUUCUGCACGAAGAAGCGGCCGGUGGUGGGGCCGGUGCGCAGAUCGAACAGGUGGCCCACAGUACCGCUCCCGACACGGAACAUCUAACGCUUACCGUGUCGCAGCUGCUGCCGGCUGGAUCGCGCUACUACCUUCGCGUCGAGUUUGAGGGUGCGCUACAGAACAACAACAAUAUGGGAUUCUUCGCCUCGUCCUAUCUGGACAACAACGGAAACAGGCGCUAUCUGGCCUCGAGCAAGUUCGAGCCAACGCACGCCCGUUCCGCCUUUCCGUGCUACGACGAGCCGCUCCUGAAGGCAACGUUCGAGCUGGAGCUAACGCACUACAAAGAGUAUAACGCGGUUGCCAACAUGCCAAGGGCCGGUGCGCCCACACCCGAUCCGGACAACGCGGACUACGUGACGAGCCGGUUCGAGGUUACGCCGCUAAUGUCCACCUAUCUGCUGGCGUUCGCCGUGAGCGACUUUACGAUCCGUACCGCCGACCGGCAGACGGUUUACGCGCGCCCCAACGUGUUUGAGGAGACGGCCUAUCCGCUCGAGGCGGGCAACCGGAUACUGGACGCGCUGAGCGAUUAUAUGGACAUUUCGUACUACGACUAUAUGCCGAAGAUGACGCAAAUUGCCAUCCCCGAUCGUGGCACCGGUGCGAUGGAAAACUGGGGUCUGGUCGCGUAUGGUGAGCCCGUCCUGCUGUUCAACCCGGCCAUAAACACGUAUCGCAACAGGAAAAGCGUUACGACCAUCAUCGCCCACGAGUACGCGCACCAGUGGUUCGGCAAUCUGGUCAGCCCGCACUGGUGGGAGUACAUCUGGCUGAACGAAGGGUUCGCCACGCUGUACGAGUACUAUGCCGCCCAGCUAGCGUACCCGGAGGGCGAGUACUGGGAGCUGUUCACGGUCGAGGUCAUCCACAGCGCGUUCGGUGCGGAUGCGAGCGAAACCGUCCGCCCGAUGAACUGGAACGCGGCCACGCCGAGCGAAAUUGCCGCCCUGUUCGAUACGGUCGCGUACGACAAGUCGGGCAGCGUGCUGAACAUGUUCCGUGCGGUGCUGGGCGACCCGGUCUGGCGCUACGGCCUGAAGACGUACAUGUCCGCCCGCCAGCUCGAUGGUGCGACGGCGGACCAUCUGUACGGCGGUUUGCAGGAGGCGCUGGUUUCGCUGGCACCCACGCUGCUGCCGGCCACCGUCACCGUGCGCCAGCUGAUGGACUCGUGGACGUCCGAGCCGGGCUUCCCGGUGUUGACAGUGUACCGCACGUACGGCGAGCAGCAGGAAGCGAUCCUCUCCCAGGAGCGGUUCCUCUCGAGCAAGCGGCUCCCGAGCGGGCACGUGUACUACGUGCCGUACGAUUUUACCGGCGGUCAUGCGCCCGAUUUCGAACCGACCCCGGCAGGGUACCGUUGGCUGGCCGCGAAGGCGGACAAGAUCGCCACCGGCGUACCGAACGAUCAGUGGAUCAUCUUCAACCGCCAGCAGAACGGUUACUAUCGCGUUAACUACGAUGCCCACAAUUGGGAGCUGCUGAUCGAAGCGCUACACAACGAUCCGGCCCAGAUCCACCACCGUAACCGGGCGCAGCUCGUGAACGAUGCCUACAAUUUGGCCCGCGCGGAGUGGCUUGAUUUUGCCGUGCCGCUCCGGCUGAUGAGCUAUCUGCGCAGGGAAACGCAAUACGCACCGUGGACAGCGGCGGGCAGUGCGCUUACCUAUCUGUACAACAAGCUGCGCGGUACGGCACACUACCCCCACUUCCAGGUGUACGCCAAUCAUCUCCUGCUCGACAUCUAUCCUACGCUGGCGAUCGAUAGUGUUGCUGCGCAAGAGACGCUGCUGCAGCUCUAUCUCAAGCAGUUCAUCACCACCUGGGCCUGUCGCGUCGGGCACGGUGAUUGUCUGGCGAAAACGAAGCAAGCGCUCGCCGCGGCCUACCAGGCCAGGACGCCGGUGCAUCCCGACAUUGCGACCGCCGUGUACUGUAACGGGCUGGUCGACGCCUCCGACGAAAUCUUCGUCUGGGUGUACGAGCAGUUUAAGAGCUCGCGCAACCAAGCGCACCGCACCGUGCUGAUCGAUGCGCUGGCAUGCUCGCGCCAGCCCGCCCAGCUCGAAUCCUUCCUCACGACGGCACUCGGCAGUGGGGCCGAAUUUGACGCGCUGCUCGCCACGGAGCGCACGCGUAUCGUAUCCGCCGUGUACGGUGCAAGCCGCGAAGGUGUCGAUGCGGUGCUCGACUUCCUCAUGGUACCGUCGCGGGUGACGGAGUUUGUGCAGCGGUUGGGCCAGUCGGCACUGAACAGUGCGGUGUCCAACAUUGCCUCCCGGACGAACAAUCAGCCGGAGCUGGACCGUUUGAAUGCGCUGCUGGUCAGCCUGGGUUCGCAGAUCCCUGAAUCGGUCGCCACCAGUGCCCGCAGUACGGUGCAGAACAAUUUCAACUGGUUCAACACUCUGGAGGGUUUGGUAGUGGUAGAGUUCUUGGAGCAGAUGGCCACCACCCCCCAGGAGCAGUGAAGCACGGAUUUUAUUUAAAAACAUGAACACUUUUUCCUAAGCAAUAAAAAAGCCUCUUGCCAAAACCCA